UGCGCGCCUUCCCUCCUGCGCUCGCCGGCCUCUCCUGCCUCUUAGAACCUUCCUGCGGUCGUGGUCGCAUCUCGCUGCUGCAGCCUCCGGGGCCACGUUCCAUCCUUUCAGCCUGAGACCAGCCCAGAAAGAAAAAUAAUUAUCUUUUCUUGCUCGGUACCUAUCUUAAAGCCAUGAGGGAAAUCGUGCACAUCCAGGCCGGACAGUGUGGCAACCAGAUCGGUGCUAAGUUCUGGGAGGUGAUAAGCGAUGAACACGGCAUCGACCCCACCGGUACCUACCACGGUGACAGCGACCUGCAGCUGGACCGAAUCUCCGUCUACUACAAUGAAGCCACAGGUGGCAAGUAUGUCCCUCGAGCUAUCUUGGUGGAUCUAGAACCCGGGACCAUGGACUCCGUUCGAUCAGGUCCUUUUGGCCAGAUCUUCAGACCAGACAACUUUGUUUUUGGUCAGUCUGGGGCAGGCAACAACUGGGCUAAGGGUCACUACACAGAGGGAGCUGAGUUGGUUGACUCCGUUCUGGAUGUGGUGCGGAAGGAGGCAGAGAGCUGUGACUGCCUGCAGGGCUUUCAGCUGACCCACUCUCUGGGUGGAGGCACAGGCUCUGGCAUGGGCACCCUGCUCAUCAGCAAGAUCCGAGAAGAGUACCCCGACCGUAUCAUGAAUACCUUCAGCGUGGUGCCUUCACCCAAAGUGUCCGACACCGUGGUUGAGCCCUAUAACGCCACCCUCUCCGUCCAUCAGCUGGUUGAAAACACUGAUGAGACCUACUGCAUUGACAACGAGGCCCUCUAUGACAUCUGCUUCCGUACCCUCAAGCUCACCACGCCAACCUACGGAGACCUGAACCACCUUGUCUCUGCCACCAUGAGCGGUGUCACCACCUGCCUCCGCUUCCCGGGCCAGCUCAAUGCUGACCUCCGAAAGUUGGCUGUCAACAUGGUGCCCUUCCCGCGUCUCCACUUCUUCAUGCCCGGCUUUGCCCCGCUCACCAGCCGUGGAAGCCAGCAGUACCGGGCCCUCACUGUGCCUGAACUUACCCAGCAGGUCUUCGAUGCCAAGAAUAUGAUGGCUGCCUGCGACCCCCGCCAUGGCCGAUACCUCACCGUUGCAGCUGUCUUCCGCGGGCGGAUGUCCAUGAAGGAGGUAGAUGAGCAAAUGCUCAACGUGCAGAAUAAGAAUAGCAGCUACUUUGUGGAAUGGAUCCCCAACAAUGUCAAGACGGCGGUCUGUGACAUCCCACCCCGCGGCCUCAAGAUGGCAGUCACCUUCAUCGGAAACAGCACGGCCAUCCAGGAGCUCUUCAAGCGCAUCUCGGAGCAGUUCACAGCCAUGUUCCGCCGGAAGGCCUUCCUCCACUGGUACACAGGUGAGGGCAUGGACGAGAUGGAGUUCACCGAAGCCGAGAGCAACAUGAAUGACCUCGUCUCAGAGUACCAGCAGUACCAGGAUGCCACUGCGGAAGAGGAGGAGGAUUUCGGGGAGGAGGCAGAAGAAGAGGCCUAAGGCAGAGAGCCCCGCAUCACCUCAGGCUGCUUAGUUCCCUCAGCUUUCUUCAGCUGCCCAUUUUUCUCCUUCAGAGUUUUCUUUCUGCUGCCUCUGUCCUGUUUUUUCGUUUUUUUCACUGGGGCGGGGGGGAAGUGAACGGUGCCCAGCACACAGUAGGCGCUCAAUAAAUAUUUGUUUGUGGAA